AUGAAACGACCACUCACUUCACGAGACAGCUCAGAGAAGCACACGGAGGAUCAAGAUGCAUUGAAGAAGAUUAAAACAACAACAUCCUCGGAUCACACGGAAUGUAUUUCAAAUCAUUCUCCAUUCAAACAUCUCCCACAUCAUGUUAUUCUGGACAAAAUUUUCGAUUUCUUUGAAUUUCAACUCCAUCGGUAUUUUUACAUUUCGGAUCAAGAUCAAGAACAAUAUGAAGGUGUUGAUUUUUCUGCAGCUUUCCGAAAUUGGGACAUUCGUGAAGAAAUUGGGUUUCGUAAAUUAAGAGCACUCGUUUUUGGUUACUUUGCCAACGACCCUUCUCGUAAAAUUCAUCUCCUCUUUAAACAUGUUAAUUUUGAGUUUGUGAAUUGUCCCAACCAACACUCUCAAUUAGUGACUUGCAUGAGAUUAAAAGGAUUGAAGAGCUUAAUAUGGCCAACCUUUGAUAUUUCCCAAGUUACUCUGGUGGAAUUUCCAUAUUUUCAAUAUUGUCCAAAUAUUGAAAAUUUAACAUGGUUGGAUAUUUCUGAAUCGCACAGCUAUGAACAAUUUAUGAAAUUUCAUUUACCCCUUAAAAAACUGACAUUUGAACAUUCGGAUGAAAAUGAAACUGGAAAACCUGCAAUCUUUGAUUCCAAAUAUGAUGAAUUCUUUUCCAAAUUUUGCCAUAUUACUCACUUGAACAUGACUUAUUGUGCCAUUAAUGAUCAAUCCAUUGAGAUUAUGGUGAAGCAUUUGAAGAAUUUACAAGUGGUUGAAUUUGCAGAGAAUCCGGCCAUCACCUUGCACGGAGCCAAGACCUUGUUGAAUGCUUCAAACAUGCGGAGCAUUGACUUGAGCAAUACAAACGCACAAUUAGAUGGAAUGUUUCAAGAUCUUGAUCAUGCAUUGUCCAAUUUGAAAGUAUUAGCAUUGUCACCUUCAGAUGGAAUUUCAGACGCAUUUUUCAAACACUUGAAUGUUGCCGUAUUCAAGAACAAUUUUCUACCGUCGUUGAGUGAGAUUUCUUUGACCUUUGUCGAUGAAAAUUUUGGAAACGCCGAUUAUUUAAAGCAAUUUUUUGAAGAAUCCAAGAGUCUUAGAAAGUUUUCAGCAUUAGGAUCCACGGAACACAUUUGGGAUCAUGUGUUUUCAGAUCCACACAAAAUCACCAACGUGACACAUUUGAGCUUAGACUAUAAUAAUUUUCAAAUUCUCUCACAGAUAACUCAAUUGAAAGGUUUGGAUCCUGGACGAUUAAUUAGAAAUGUGAAUGAUCUUGCCAUAUUGAAUCAAAUUGAAGAGUUGUCACUUUCAUUAGGAUUUCAAUUGAAUCAAGUUCUUCAUUUAUUACACAAUCCAGAUCAUUUACAGUCAUUGAAACGAUUAUACUUGGAAAUAGAUGAUGUGUCCGAAGAUGUGAAAUGGGAUCUUAUCGAACUCUCUCAUCCCAAUUUGAAAAUUUCUCUCAAUGUAUAUAACGCCAGCGAUGCCACGUUGAACAAGUUGUUAAGUUGUAAUCUUGUAGACAAGUUAGAUCUAUCACUCACGACCAAGAAUUCACAGAAGGGGUUGGCAGUUUUGCCUAAAAAUCAGUCUCUGACAUUUCUUCGUGUUGCCAUGUGUAAUCGUGGAUCCAUUCAAGCCAUUAUGAAAAAUACUUCGUUGGAACGUUUAGAAAUACCUUAUGAACACGACAUUGCAGAUUAUGACUUAGAUGAUGUGAUGAAGUUGUUUGAAAAUUCUUCGUGCCCUUACAUUUCUUUUAAAUGUUGA